GAAAACAAUACUAGGAAAUGAAAUUUAACACUUUCUUGAUUAUUUCCAUAGGAUAAAUUUCUAGAAAUUGAAAAUUUGUGUCAAUUAGUACUUACAGUUUUAAAUUGGAUGCAGAUGACCUAGAAAAGCUGUAACAGUUUACAUUUUGUGUAUGUGAUACAUAGUUCACAGUGUUCUCUCCAAUACUAUUUAUAAUUUUUUAUAGUCUGUUUUUUUAACUUAAAUAUUUAUUUUUAUGAUGACUAAUGAAGUUUUUUUCUUGUAUUUAUUGACCACCUUUAUUUCUUUUUAUGAGUUGUCAAUUCAUUUAUUUUGCCCACUUUUCUACUGUUAUGUGCAUGUUUGUUUGUUUUUCUUCUUAUUGGCCUGUGAGAGAUAUUUAUAUAGUUACAUUUUGUUGUAUACAUAACCAAGUAUUUUUUCCCUAAUAUGUUUCAGGAGGUUUGAUUUUAAAGAUAGGUCCUAACUUAUCUGAGAAUGCAGAAGAUUCUGGAGAGAUGGUAGCACCUUAGCACAAACCUCUGACCGUCUCAUUCUCCCCAAGCUUAUGCUAAGGUGAUUCACUCAACUGUUAGGAUGAGCUAUAUACAUAGUGGAGAAAGCCUAGCUUACUUUGAGAAUAUAGACGAGAGUCCUAUACAUACUUAUGCUUCAGAUUCCACAUUGAAGGUGCAGAGCAGAUGGAGCAUAGCUUGUGUUUACCUUUAUGAAUGGGAUAGGAGAUCACUGCAGGGAAGCAGGUCUUGAGAAAAUAGUGCAGCCAAGUGAAAAUUAAAACAAAGAAUUUAAGUUAGGAAAGGAUGAAAUAUGUAAGAAAUACAUCUAGUAAAUUUUAUAUUUAAAUCUAAGUGGAAAUGGAAAUUAUUGUGAACUCUAUUGUAUGUAUUAACUCUAUUGUGUAUAUGUAUCCUUGAUUAUCAUAAGGACAUGCUUACUAAAUUUUGCCCAAAGUUUUAUAUGGAUAUAUUUAUUGAAGUACCAUCUGUAGUAGCAAAAGAGUCAAACAAUCUAAAUAUCCCUCAGUGGAGAGCUGGGUAAAUCAGUCACGAUAUAUCCAUAUGAUAGAUUCUCCACAUGGAAUAUUAUUUCCCUUCUGUAAGCCUCCUUUCUUCUCCCCUUCUCUUCUAGUUAGUUCCUAUUCAGCUUACUGUUACUUUGUCAUGGAAGAUAUUUCUGUUCUCCCUGACUAGAUCCAACACCCCUGUCAUGCUUUCAUAUCAAUGGUGCUAACUUCUUAGCAUUUGAUAGAGUUGCGAUUUUACAUUUAUUUAUACUGUUACAAGAUCAAUAUAUUAAUGUAUUUAAUAAGUGACUUAAUACUGUUAAGUCACUUAACAGUAAAUUCCCUGAGUGCUGGGACAAAAUUCGUUCUUGCUUACCAUUAUCACCUUAAAGCCAAGUAUAGUGCAAUGAGCAUAGUAGGUAAAUAUUUGUGGUAUGAAGUACAACUAUUAAAAAAAUAAAAGAAUGGAGUAGAGCUGUUGGUGCUGAUAUGGAAAGUGUAUUAGAUGUUAAGUACAAAAGUAAAUGGAUAGAAUCCUCGUAUUCCCAUUUUUUACAAGGUGUGUGGGUAUAAGCUGAUACAGGAUUUUAAAACUUUUUUUCUGAAAGGAAAUGAAGAAUAACCUUUAGGUGAAGCUGGUGAAUUGAACACACACCUAAUUCCAUUCCUUCCUGAAACCACACUAAAACUACAGUACAAUUUUGGUUUUAUCUAAGUGAUAUAAACUAAGGAUUUUCACAUUAGUAAUGCCAGACAGAUAGUUUAAAUCAAUCCUGACUCUUAAGACAACUAGAAAAGCUAGACAAAAUAUUUUAAAAAGUUGCUUCAAAGGCAUUCAGAAAACUAAGAAAGUAAUAAAGAAUUACCAAGUAGAGAUCUGGAAAUAGGCAUAAAUCCAGAGAGGUAAGACAUUUGGUUACAUAUGGGACCAAUUUUCUCCUAAAGACAUUGAUGAAUAUCAAAAGAGGGGGCUGAGAGGUUGACCAGCCCUCUUGAUAGAAGCUAAAAAAAGUUGGGGUUCAUGACUUGCCAAAGAUGAAUUGAGUGCUGGUAAGCUUCUGCUCAUUGGUUUGGGACCCCCAAAGGUUGCAUCUAUGUAAGAGUAAGGGUGAACUGGAAAUAGAAUGCCCUGGAAGGGACUACAGCCUGUCUUCAAGUCAUUUCAAUCUCUGAAAUUUAAAUAAGGUAGUCCCAAGCAUCUGGCAAAAGCAAACCUCUUUAGACUAAGAUAGCAUUAUGUAGAACUUUAAACUACUGCAAACUGUCUUUCAAAUAUAAUACAUGGCUCACAACCAAAAAUAACUAGGCAUAUGAGGUGACAUAACAAAAUGAAUGAGAACCAGCAGAAAGAGAAAAAAAUUAAAACAGACCCUCAGGUUCUCCAGACAGUGGCUUUAUCAGACCAAACUUUAAAAUAAGUAUUCUAAAAAAUAAAACAAUGCUUAACUGUUCAAGAACAUAAAAGACUAGAUUAAAAAUUUUGGCAGAGAACUGUGAAUUAUAAAAAGGGAUGGGCUUCCCUGGUGGCGCAGUGGUUGAGAAUCCGCCUGCCGAUGCAGGGGACAUGGGUUCAUGCCCCAGUCUGGGAAGAUCCCUCAUGCCGCGGAGCGGCUGGGCCCGUGAGCCAUGGCUGCUGAGCCUGUGCGUCCAGAGCCUGUGCUCCGCAAUGGGAGAGGCCACAACAGUGAGAGGCCCGCGUACCACACAAAAAGUAAUAAUAAUAAAAAUAAAAAGGGAUGUAGCAGAGUUGAUAAAGCACAAAAAGAAAAUUCUAGGAAUGAAAAAUGAAAAACACAGCAGAUUCAAUAAAGCUAAACAAAGAAUAAAUGAACUAGAAUACAGGUCAGAAGAAACAACCUAGAAUAAAUCACAAAGAGAAAAAAUAAAAUACCCCCAAAAGUAUAAGUGACAUGGAGGAUACAGGGAAUAGGUAUCACCGGUGUGUUUGGAAUCCUAGAGAAGAGAGAGAGAAUGGGGUAGAACCAGUAUUUGAAGAGAUAAUGGAUUGAAAUUUUUCUAAAACUGACAAGUUAAGCCACAGAUUGAAGAAGUCCCCCAAACCAAAGCAGAAUGAAUACAAAGAAAACAAUAUCUAAGCACAUCAUAGUAAAAGUGCUUCAGAUGAAAGACAAAGAAAAAAAGCUUAAAGCAGCCAGGAAAAAAAAAAUCGAUUACUUUCAAAAGAGAAUAAUUAAACUGACAGUAGAUUCUCAAUGGAAACAAUGGAAGCAGGAAACCAUGGAAUGACAUAUUCAAAGCACUGAAAGAUAAUAAUUGGUACAUCUAGAAUUCUAUACCUAGCAGAAAUACCCUUCAAAAAUGAAGAAGAAAUAAGCAUUUUUCAGCUAUUCCUCCCUUUAAAAAAGGUACUAAGAGAAUUACCAGGAGACCCACACUAAAUGAAAUUCUAAAGAAUAUUAUUCAAACAGAAGGAAAAUACCAGAUGGAAUCUUGGAGAGUCAGGAAGAAAUAAAGAGUACAAAUAGCAGAAAAUAUGUGGGUAAAUCAAGUUAAUUUAGACCUUAUUAAACAAUAAUAAUUUUUGUUGGAUUUAAAAGACAGAAUUAAAAUAUAUGACAAUAAUAGUCGGCAGUGGGAUAGAGUUAAAGUGUGUGAGGACGCUAUAUUAUUUGGGGAGAGGAGAAAAGUACCUGUUAACAUUAUACUUUGAUAAGUAAGAGAUGCAUGGUGUAAGUAAUUUUCAAGAAAGGAGGGCUUUUUAAAAAGUAUGUAACCUUUAAGUUAUAGAAAAAAUGGCAUGAUAAAAAAAUAACCUAGAAGGCAAGAAAGGAGGGAAGGUACCUAUAACAACACUAGGACAAAUAGAAUAAAUUAUGUUGAUAAAUUUAUCAGCAGCUUCAUUAAAUGUAAAUGAAUAAAAGAUUGUCAGGUAAGAUUUUUUAAAAAACAUUUUAUGAUGGUUUAUAAGAGACAGAUCUAAAACAUAAAGAUACCGAAAAUUUGAAAGUAAAAGGAGAAUAAAUAUAUAGUCCAAAUACUAACCAAAGAAAAGCUGUUGUAGAUAGAUUAAUAUUACAUGAAAUAAAUGCUAAAACAAAAAUAAGAUGGGGAAUUCCCUGGCGGCCCAGUAGUUAGGACUUCACGCUUUCACUGCUGAGGAUGCGGGUUCAAUCCCUGGUCGGGGAACUAAGAUCCUGCAUGCCACAUGGAGCAGCCAAAAAUUAAAAUAAAAUAAAAUGCAAUGAAGUGAAAUGAAUUACCUAUGGGUCAUAUAUCACAAUGAAAAUUUCAAAAUAUUUUGAGCUGAAUGAAAAUAAAAAGCAGUACAUAUUAAAACUUGAGGGCAAGCAGUGCACCAGGCAGGCCUGGGUUUGGGGCUGGAACCAGAACCUCAGCAGAUGUUCACUGGUUGACAGCAGUGGAGAGGAACUGAGUUAUACUUGACCUUAGAGCAGAAGGAUGGUCAGAAUUAAGUGAGAGAGGUGCCAUCUACAAGGAGUUCUCUUUCAACUAUUGUAAUCAGGCAUCUGGCUUUAUGUCUCAAGUUACCUUACAAGCAGAGAAGAUGAAUCAUCACCCAGAAUGGUUCAUUGUGUACAACAAGGUCCAUAUGCCCCUCACCUCACAUGUCUGUGGGGGACUGACCAAAAGGGAUGUGAAAUUAGCCAAGUUUGUUGAAAAAACAACUGUUUCUGUGUGAUUUCUUCCAAAUGUAUGUAAAAUUUUAUACACAUCUUAGCUGCAAUGUAUUUUGAAGGCAAUUUACAUGAACAAAUUAAGUUGUAAAUUUAGUUCACCUUUAUACCACAUUUUGUAAAAUCAGUGCUUAAAUACAAAAUGAUAUAAAUUGAAAGAAAAAAAUAGAACAACAAAAUUUGAGGGAUGCAUCUAAAGCCAUGCGUAGAGGAAAAUUUAUAGCCUUAAAUGCAUAAAUUGGAAAAGAAGAAAGGUGAAAAAUCAACAUCUAUCUCAGGAAGUUAAGGGAAAAAUGGAUAGCACAUUAAACCUAAAGAAAGGAGGUGGAAUGAAAUAAAAAGUUAAGAGCAGCAUAAGAAAACAGAAAAUAAAAUAUAAUAUAGGGAAUUCCCUGGUGGUCCAGUGGUUAGGACUCCACGCUUUCACAGCUGAGGGCCCAGGUUCAAUCCCUGGUCAGGGAACUAAGAUCCCACAAGCUGUGCGGUGCAGCCCCCCAGUAUAAAUAAAUAAAUAAAAUAUAGUAUAGAGGAGCAGUAAAACCAGAAUGUACUCUUUUCAAGAGACUAAUAAAAUUGAUAAAUCCCUGGCAAGACUUAUGAAGUAAAAAAAGAUAAAACAAAAAUAACCAAUGACAGAACUGAAAAAGGAGACAUCACUACCAAUCCUGUAGAUAUUAAGAAAAAUAACAAGAAUAAAUUUAUACCAGUAUAAUUUAAAACUUAGAUGAAAUGGGUAGAUUUCUAGAAGAAUAUAACUUACUCAAAUAAAAUGUUUGAAGAUUUAACAUUCAAAAUUCAUUCAGCACAUACUAAUGUAAGAUAUUAAUAAUAGUGGAAACUGGGAGAGCGGUACAAGGGAGUUCUCUAUGCUAUCUUAACGUUUCUAUACAUCUAAAACUAUUCUAAAAUAAAAAAAUUUUAUUUAAAAAAUCAGUCAAUCAGUAUAAUUCACUACAUUAAGAAAAAAAUGGAGAAAAAUCAUUCCCUCAUCCAAUGCUGUAGAAACAGCAUUGGAUAGGAUUCAUGUUUCAUUUACAGUAGAUCUCUUAAACUAGGCUUAGAAAGGAAUUCUUUAAUCUGACAAACAAACAUAUCUGUGAAAAUCUAUAGCAAACGUCAUAUGUGAAAUAUUGAAAGCUUUCCUUAGUGACUGGGAAUAGACAAACAUGCCAGCUAUCCAUAUUUCUUUACAAUAUCAUAUUAGAAGUUAUAGCCAGUACAAUAAGGCAAGAAAAAGAAAUGCAAGGUAUAAAGAUUGGGAAGGAAGAAACAAAACGAUCAUCAUUUAUAGACAAUAUGAUUGUGUAUAGAGGAAAUUUUAAAGAGUCUCUAGAUUAUUUAUGUGAAUCAAUAAGCAGAUGCAGCAGAGCUGCUGGAUACAAAGUCAAAAAGCAAAAAUCGUUUGUAUUUCUAUUGACCAGCAACAAACAAAAUGAAAUUUUUAAAAAGAUGCCAUUGACAAUGUCAUUCCUAACAAUAAAUCUAACAGAUGAUGUGUGAUACCUCUAAGCAACAAACUGUAAAACAUUAUCAGAAAAAUUAAAGGACAUCUAAAUAAGUAGAAAGAAAUAACAUGUUCAUAGAUUAUUGGAAGACUCAAUAUUAUAAAGAUAUGUUAUUCCCAAAUUGAUCUACAGAUUCAAUAAAGUCAAAUAUUAACAGACAAUUUGACCCUAAAACUUAUAUGGAAAUACUAAGGCUAGUUUCUGAAAUUCACAUGGAAAUAGUUAAAGUCUUGAAGAAAAAUAAGGUGAGAGAACUUGUUCUAUAGGAUAUCAAGAUUUAUUAUAAAGCUAAAUUAACUAGAAUUAUUAGUGCAAGUACAGACAAGCAAUGAAACAGAACAGAGAAUCCAGAAAUAGAUCCACAUAUAUACGGACCCUUGAUUUACACUAGAGGUGGCACUGCAGAGUAAUAGGAAAAUGAUGGUAUUGUUACGGUUUGGGGAUAUCUAUUUGAGAAAAAAAUUAAACCUGACCCCUAUCAUAUUCCAAACAAAAAUAAAUUCCAGAUGGAUUAAUACAUUCAAAUAUGAUAGGCAAAACAAUAAAGCUUCUAGUAUUUAUAAUAUAGAAUGUGUUCAUGACCUUGAGAUAGAGGAAAAUUUCUUGAACAGGACACAAAAAGCACUAACGAUACAGGAAACUAUUGGACUACAUUAAAAAAUUAGAACUUGUAUUUAUCAAAAGACUCUAUUUAAAGAGUGUGAAGGGACUUCCCUGGCAGUCCAGUGGUUAAGACUCUGUGCUUCCACUGCAGGGGGCAUGGGUUCGAUCCCUGGUCAGGAAACUAAGAUCCCACAUACAGCGGGGUGGAAAAAAAUAAAUUAAAUUAAAUUAAAAUUUUAAAAAAGAGUGUGAAAAGACAAGCUACAGAGUGGGAGAGGAUAUUUGCUACACAACCAAAAAAUGGCUCAUGCAGAAUAUAUAAAGAACUACAGAUCAGUGAGAUGAGACUUGAAUGAGCACUUCACAAAUGAGGAUAUCCAAAUGGCCAGUAAAAAUAUGAAAAGUUAUUCAACCACAUUAGUCAUCAUGAAAAUGCAAAUUAAAACCACAAUGGAUGAUUCUACACACCUACCAAAUUGGCUAAAAGUGUUGGCCAGAAUGUGUAGCAACAGGAAUGCUCAUAUAUUGAAGUGUAAAUUGGUACAUCCAUGUUAGUAGAUAAUGCUAAACUGUUAUCCAGAGUUGAACAUAUACAUACCCUAUAACUGAGCAUUCUAAUGAUAGGAAUGUACUUAAGAGAAAUAUGUGCAGCAAAGAGAAAUGCAUUGGAAUAUUCACAGCAGCUGAAUUCAACAUAGCCAAAAAUUGGAAUCAGCCCAAAUGACCACUGACAGUAGAAAGGAUAAAUAAGUUGUGGCAUAUUCAUAUAGUGGAAUUGUAUACAAUAAUGACAGUGAACUGCAGGAACAGGGAAAACAUGGAUGCGUCUUACAAACAUAAUGUUGAGCAAAAGAAGCCAGACACAAAAAUACAUUAUUUGAUUGUUCCAAUUACAUAAAAUUUAAAAAAAAUUAAAACUUGUACUUGUGGAUACAUGCUUAAAUGAUAAAACUGUAAAGAAGAGCAAGAAAGUGAUUUCAAUAGAAGUCAAGAGAAUGAUUUUCUUUGGGAAGAGGGAGACUAAUUAUUAGGAAGGGCCCAAGGUGGGGAAUCUGGGGUGCUGGCAGGGUUCUGUUUAUUGUCCUGACUGGUUAUAUGGCCAUUUGCUUUUAAUAAAUCAUUGAGUUAUACAUUUGUUUUGUGUACUUUUCUGUAUGUUUAUCACACUUCACAAUAAAAGAGAUUUUUACAAAUUUAUAAGCCUACAAAAAUGUGGAGAUUUCUGUAGGGAUUUUGGAAGCUGGAAAACAAAUGAAUUAGUAUUACUGACUUGGCUGAUUCAAGAAAGCUAAAGCCCAGUUUAGUAAUGGGGAAUACCGAGUUCCAGUACAGAAUCCUCAAAAAGCAAAGGAAUUGGUAGCCUACACCAGUUGCUAGAAUUGGGGACCUUGAGUUGAGGGGAGGAGGGAGAUGGGGGCUGAGCUAAAAUGAGUAGGUAAAAGCUGUUUGAAAGGCAGCUAAAGUCCUAGCUGCCUCUUCUCCAAGACUGGAGGCUAACCUCUAAAAAGCGUAAAGCAAAGAAUUUCUGGACCAGGAUACAACUGAGGGCAUCGAUACUUUGCCAAAAACAGGUGAAUUAAGUGACCAUAUGCAUUCUCAGUACUGAUACAGAGAAUUCCCUAACAAAGACCCACCCUGGUCAUUCUGUGUAUGUAAAGCUCCAAGUCAGCAGCCCACCUAUCAACUCUGAAAGCUUUCUAGUCCCUCAUUCUUAAUGAUGAGCAGGCACCAAGGAUUAUAGGACUCCUCGGGAAAGUCUCUAAGAGAGACAACAACAAAAACAGCAAAAAGCAACUCAAAUGAACUUGAGAUUCUGAAGAAAAUAUAAAACUUAAAAAUGGAAAAACUAUAAUAUCUCUCCAAAGAUAUGAGAAGAUAUUGAAUCCAUUAUAUAAAAACAUGAUGCGGGCUUCCCUGGUGGCGCAGUGGUUGGGAGUCCGCCUGCCGAUGCAGGGGACACGGGUUCGUGCCCCGGUCCGGGAAGAUCCCACAUGCCACGGAGCGGCUGGGCCCGUGAGCCAUGGCCGCUGAGCCUGCGCGUCCGGAGCCUGUGCUCCGCAACGAGAGAGGCCACAGCAGUGAGAGGCCCGCGUACCACAAAAAAAAAAAAAAAAAAAAAAAAAACAUGAUGCUCUUAUUAAGAGAUUUGUAAGCUGUUCAUUCUGUCCUUUGUUUUUAUUCAUUGUUUUCAGCAUUAUUUGUUCCACAAAUAGUAUCUUUUUCUUUGUCUAAUUUUAUUUUCAUGAUCUAUGGGGAUAGAAUAUGUUGGAAAAUAAUAGAUGUGAAUUAACGUAAAACUUUUAAGAAAUAGAAACACUCCUGGCAAGAAAUCUGUAAUUUAAUAUUCUAUCAUGAUACCAAGGAUGUCUCUUCUGAGCUGAUAAAGAUAAAAGCCUGCUUCUCUCAUUGCAUUUCGUUUUGAUUUUUUCUUUUCUCUCUUCCAUGCAAACUUAAAUUUCUCUUCCCAUAUUUCUAUUUUCAUCUCCUUGUUUCUUGGUGUCUCUUCUCC